AUGCCCGAAGCAGAUAAUGAGAACGCGGUAGCGCUUGGAGCGAGCUACGGUGGUUAUAUGAUGAACUGGAUUCAGGGUCACGACCUUGGUCGCAAGUUCAAAGCACUCGUCUGCCACGACGGCAUUACCACGUUCGCCGGUGGUAUGCUCGCGACCGAAGAGCUAUACUUCCCCUUCCACGAUCUCGGAGGCACGCCAUGGUAUGACCCCGGCUUCUCAGCUGCCAGCAAAGAAGCAAAGAACAACUUUGGAUCCUCGACGCUGUCAGACUGGAAGAAGUGGGAUCCUAGCGAGCACUUUGAUCAAUGGUCGACGCCCGAGCUAGUCAUUCACAGCGAGCUCGACUAUCGACUUACUGUCUCGGAAGGCUUGACUGCCUUCAAUGUGUUACAAGCUCGAGGCGUGGAGAGCGAGUUCUUGACAUUUCCAGAUGAGAAUCACUGGGUUUUGAAGCCAGAGAAUAGUCUUGUGUGGCAUAAAGUCGUGCUCAAUUGGAUCAACAAGCAUGUUGGGUUGCCGCCGUAUACGAAAGAAGAUCGAGAUGGUGAGGAAUUCUGGGGAGGUGUCAGAGAUGCGAAGGAAAGUCUAGCAGAACUGCCUGGAGCUGGGAAGCCGGAGACUUGA